ACUUCCGCCCGGUUUCUCCACCAAUCAGCGCACGGCUCGCGGAAAAAUGGCGGCGCCGUAGUAACGGGCUGGCAUAUUGUCGCUGGCUUGGGCCGUGUUACCGUAUUACAGGCAAACCGUGUGUCCGGGGGUGCCAUGGCGAGCCGGAGGAGGCAGGUCGCUGAGAAGGCCCGGCGGACGUGUGAUGAGGAGGAAGAGAGAAAAGAACCGGGCAGCGGCGGCGGCAGGAGCAAGAGACUGAGCCGGGCCCGGAAAGCUGCCGCUGCCAGCCUGUCCAGCCCGGUGGCCUCCACCCCUGUCACCUCCAGGAGAGAGAAGGAGGAGGAGGAAAACUGCACCAAUAAGAGGACUCCACAGUUGCUGUCUAAGUGCAAAGCAUGGGACUUUAAUUCUCCAUCCAGAGAUGCAGAGCAACAUCAAGAAAUAUUUUGGGAUCCCAAUUCACCGACUUGUUUUAAACUAGACAAUGGAAAGAAAAAGACUGCAAGCAAAUGUACUGUUGAGAUUUCUGAUAUUGUUAACAGAAUUGCGCCAAAGGAAAAAAAGACCACCGAUUCUGAUGCUGCCUACUUUGGUGUCUGGAUAGGGGAUGAUGCUAUUCCAUGCACUCCAGUAGUAACCCGAACUAGAACUAAAUUGAAUAGAUCUAGAAUUCUGAAAACAGAAGAAAAGCUGAUGGAAUUGGCAAAGCAAUUAGACAGGAAUUUGGUUGAACAUAAAGACCAGAAUGAUGACUUAAUAGAAAAAGGUCUCAAAGCUGAUAAUGUUGGUAAUGCUCAGGAGGAUGAAGAUAACGUGUCCAUGGAGUACAUCCCUGAAGAAGAUGAAGUAUCUCUAGCAUUGAAAUCUGUUAGCCAAAGCUCAGGAGUAGCAGCUGAAAAGAGCAGUCAGAAGCCUGUGGACCAGGAGGCUGAAGAAGAACUUAAUGAUUUGUUUGAUUGUUCUACACAGAAAUACAGCGGACGGUUAAGCCAAACUUUGUCACAUGUUUCCACAAGCAGUAUUCAAGAGUUGGUUUCUGAUACAGGGAAAAAUCAGGUACUGACAAAAAAUACAGUUGCACCUGAAAGCAAUAAAAGUUCAGAUCUUUUUUCUUUCAUUUCAGAAGAAAAUUCAGAUAUGCUGCAGUGUGAAAAAAAUUCCAAGCAAGCUGUGUCUAGUGGAAAGGAGCCCGUCCAAUCCUCAGAUAUGGCUCAUUCAGUAUCAAAUAGCCAGGAUGACUUUGAAGAUGAAUGGGGAGAUGACAUUCUUGAAGACGAUUCUUUUGUGAUGCAGAUUACUCAAAAUCCUGAGUUAAUUGCUACUCCAAAAAGUAACUUGUAUUCAAAAACACCAAAAGGUGCCAAUUCAGAUACUGUAAGGGGGCAAGAAAGUGCUGGCUACGCAGCUAAGGUCAUUACCUCUAAUAAGCCAAAUACUUUUAAAUUUGUACCCCAAAAAGUAAACAACAUUGAGGGGAGUAAAAUGAAAACAUCUGACUUAAAGAGAACUGAAACUUCAAAUAUGAGAACAGACAAAAGUACAAGAGACAAGACAAUUACCAGCGCACAUUCUCUAGGGUCAUCGCAGGCCCAGGUUACAAAACAAAACGCCUCUGCCCUAAAAUCUUCAACAAAUCCUUCCUCUAACUUUGGAGUAUCCAAAACGUACACCUUUUCAUCAAAGCCCUUAAGCUCUAGAAAAGAAAAGGAUGAACUAAGCAAAAAGGUUAUCCAAGUUGUACAAAACACUCAUGCUGGCUCUAAAAACAAGGAGUCUGGUUACUCUGAUGAAUGGGAUGACCCUAAGUUUUCUGAUGAGGUCUUGGAUAUGUUCUGUGAAUCUGAUAGUCUAUGGGAAGAGAAGGACGACGACGAUGAUGACCUAUUGUAUCAGGUCUGCGAUGAUGUGGAAAAGUUAACUCAGGUUCAAGCAUCUGAGGGAAAUACUCAGUUCUCUAGUUCAAGUCAUACGGUUUCCACCAAGAGCGUUGUCACAAAUUAUAAAGCUGAAGCCCAUGUUACUACAAACUGUUCUUAUGCUUCAAAUAAAUCCAGUGAGUACGCAUUAAGUUCUAAUACAAUAACUGCCAAAAGUGUUUCUCCUGCAUCUGUAAGUGGAAACUGUUUAACUACUUUCCAAAGGACAAACCAGGCUUCUGCGACAUUCAGCAGGUCAAACUCUAUGCCUUCUGUGGCGGACUCUAAAAAUUAUCAUGAGCCUCACUCACAAAGUGUAAAUAAUCCACAGUCCACCACAACCAAUGCAAAAACUUCCCAAGCACCUUCAAAGUACUCUUUUACAAGAACUAAGCCUUCUCAAGCACUGUCUGUCCACACAAAUGAAUUUCUCCCUGGAAAUGAGAGCACUUCUAAAAGGCAUCAAAAUUAUGUUGAUGGUAAUAACAGAAAUCACUGUUUGCAGUCGCAAGUGCUUCCUAAUCAACAGUUAAAACGGCAUCUUUCAGAAUCAACGAUACAAACAUCAAAAGUCUUUGUCUCAGAAGACAGAAGUAAGAAGUGCUCAAUGGAAGAGAUUGAGCGGAAAAAACGGGAAGCUUUGGCUAGAAGAAAAAACAAAGAACGAGUGUGUUCCAAUGACAACGCACCUACAUAGUGAUCCGUUAACAUCCACUGUUAAUUUUUCACAAAAACUAACCUUUUUGUUGGAUGUUAAAGUUUCUCUGUGAGAAAAUAAUUCACAGCAAACACUGUUAUAGUUUGUUUUAUAAAUGUUUACAAUGUCAAACUUUUUUGGUAUAAGUAUUCUAAUAUGAUUAGGAAUAAAAUCUGCGGAUUUGUAUUCAUCAUGCUUUCUUAAAA